GCGUUCAUAUGUACUGGAGCGCGCGCGCGUGUAUGAGCGCAUAUGAUGGAAAGCUUGUGCCACUGACCUGAGCUGCAACUCGUAACGCAGCUUUAUACUACUGUAUUUGGCAGUGUCAGCACUUUUUAUUUCACGCACUGCUUUACAAUUAUUUCCUCGAAAGCUGAUGGAAGAAAAAAGAUGGCAAAUGCAGCGGAGCACCAUCAUCAGAGAGAGACAGCGGAGUUGCUCGUUUUUAACCUUUUGCUGAUUUUAACUUUUUUAACGGUGUGGUUGUUCAAACACCGGCGAUUCCGUUUCUUGCACGAAACCGGUGGCGCUAUGUUUUAUGGUCUACUGAUGGGACUAAUUCUUCGCUAUUCAACAUUCCAACCGGACACUGAGAGCAGAACUGUGUACAGGUGUUUGAAUCUGAACAGCAGCCUAAACUCCUUGAUGGUUAACGUCUCAGGUCAAGUCUAUCAAUACCAGUACACAAGAGAAAUCAGCCGGCACAACAUCCAUGGUAACCAUGGGAAUGAGAUGCUGCAGAAGCUGACAUUUGACCCAGAAGUCUUUUUCAACCUGCUAUUGCCUCCCAUUAUAUUUCAUGCAGGUUACAGUUUGCGGAAGAAACAUUUUUUCCGCAAUUUGGGAUCAGUUCUAACCUUUGCUUUUUUUGGGACAGCUGUCUCUUGCAUCGUGAUUGGGGCAAUUGUGUACGGCUUUGUUAAAGCCAUGACGCACAUCGGCCAGAUUAAAGGAACGGAUUUCCACUUCACUGACUGUCUCUUCUUUGGGGCUUUGAUGUCAGCCACUGACCCAGUGACGGUGCUGGCCAUCUUCAAUGAGCUGCAUGUGGACACAGAUUUAUACACACUGCUGUUUGGAGAAAGUGUGCUCAAUGACGCCGUUGCCAUCGUUCUCACUUAUUCCAUAGCAAUCUACAGCCCAAAGGAGAACCCCCACGUGUUUGAUGGUAGGGCCUUCUUUCAGUCAGUUGGACAUUUUGCUGGAAUUUUUGCAGGAUCUUUUGCUAUUGGAACAGCCUACACAGUUGUUACUGCUCUGUUGACUAAAUUUACUAAGCUGUGUGACUUUCCCAUGCUGGAGACUGGAUUAUUUUUCAUCUUGUCGUGGAGUGCAUUUCUUUCUGCAGAGGCUGCAGGCCUUACAGGAAUUGUUGCAGUCCUCUUCUGUGGUAUUACACAAGCCCAUUACACCUACAACAACCUUUCAGAAGAAUCCAAAGCAAUAACCAAACAGCUGUUCCACUUCAUGAAUUUCCUUGCGGAGAACUUCAUCUUUUGUUACAUGGGCCUUGCGCUGUUCACAUUUCAGAACCACAUCUUCAAUGCCCUCUUCAUCACUGGCGCUUUUAUAGCUAUCUUUGUAGCUAGAGCAUGCAAUAUAUAUCCCCUGUCUUUCCUACUGAACCUUGGCAGAAAGAACAAGAUUCCCUGGAAUUUUCAGCACAUGAUGAUGUUUUCAGGUCUUCGUGGUGCCAUAGCUUUUGCAUUGGCCAUCCGGGACACUGGGACUCAAGCCAAGCAGAUGAUGCUUACCACAACCCUGCUCAUUGUGUUUCUCACGGUCUGGGUCUUGGGUGGAGGUACCACAUCUAUGCUGACAUGGCUGCACAUCAGGGUUGGUGUUGAUCCUGAUGAAGAAAUGAAAAGAGAAGUAGACAAUCAGGCAGCCACCGGGGAUUUGGGGACAAGUGUGACACAAGCAGAAAGUGCAUGGCUCUUCAGUAUGUGGUACACCUUUGAUCACAAAUACAUCAAGCCCAUCCUGACCCAUUCUGGUCCACCUUUAACAGCAACAUUGCCAGUGUGGUGUGGGCCAAUCGCCAAAAUCCUGACCAGUCCACAUGCAUAUGAGAACCAAGAGCAGCUACACAAUGAAGACUCGGAUUUCAUCAGCCAGGAUGAACUGACUAUAAAUGUUGAAAGCACAACAGAGCGUCCCUGGACAGUGAGGGUCGAUGCAGAUGAUGGGGUGCCACCUGCACACCAAGAAAGCUUGCAGGAGGGAGAUCUUGGGCUGGGUGGGUAUGCCUCCAGUGUUGGGAAUUCCUCUGCCUAAUGCCGACCAGACGCUAUCUUGAGAGGCUACAGUAAACUGGAACAUAUGUAGGCCUUUCUCCACAUGUGAACAUUUAGGUAGCUACAUAAAAGUCAGAUUUUUGCCAGGGUUCCCUCCAAAUAUGCAUUUAAACUGUGAAGGAGAGAACUGGGCAUUCAUUCUGGAGUGUGUGGUCUUCAUUUAAACUGUGAAAGAGAAUUAAAGCUGACCAUUUACUCUGUACUGUGGAGGCUGGACAUAAGCAUCCUCAAUAAAAGUGAAAUGAUACCAAUAAAGAUAAUAAUAAUUGCUUUUUUUACUGCAAAUGGGAAGUUUGUUUGUUGCAAUCAGUAACACAUUCCAGUCACAGGAACAGAUCAUUCACACCCAAUGAGCGAAACUCCUCAGGGGCUAAUGGUGGGUGCAAGUACUUCAUUUCACAAUAUUUUUAUCCAUCCGUCCAGAGUGACAGAGAACCAGCUCCUAUGCUGACAGCACUAGGCAUACUUCUAAAAUUUAUAUUUUUUAUUUCUUACUAUAUUGAGAAAUUGUUCUGUUCUGUGUACUGUAUUGUAUUGUAUUGACCCCCUUCUUUUGACACCCACUGCACGCCCAACCUACCUGGAAAGGGGUCUCUCUUUGAACUGCCUUUCCCAAGGUUUCUUCCAUUUUUUCCCUACAAGGUUUUUUUGGGAGCUUUUUCUUGUCUUCUUAGAGAGUCAAGGCUGGGGGGCUGUCAAGAGGUAGGGCCUGUUAAAGCCCAUUGUGGCACUUCCUGUGUGAUUUUGGGCUAUAGAAAAAUAAACUGUAUUGUAUUGUAUAAGGCAAGGUGUAGUAUCAGUUUAUUAAAGAGCACAGCAACCCCCUAAAUUAGUUACAGGGUGACACUGAGAAAAUGGAAUGCUUGGCAGAAGGACCUCAGUGCAUAAGGAGGGCAGGAAGCCUCUAAUCCUGCAAGAGAUUAAAAAUGACCUGAACUUGACUUGAGUAUUAGCGGUUUACUCAGAAAUAGAUGAGAUUUAGGACAUGGAAGAGCCAGUCUGUUGGCACCUCUUUUCACAGGCACAUUAGCAGAUCUUGCAAAGCUGGCACGUCUGUAGCACAGAUCACUUAUUGAUACUCUUAUCACAUUUCAGCUUGGAGCAUUUUUAUCUGAGACAAUCCAAUGGCUGGGUAAGUGUGUAUGGGCUGCUCUGCUACGCCUUGCUACUUUCAGUCUUUCUGAACAAAUUUAAGCAUAAGUGAAGCCAUGCAUUCUGGGAGUCAUGUCAAUAAGCCGUGCAUAUCAGUGCUGUGUAGAAAUGGGAUGAAUAUAAAUGUGAAAAGGGGUUUAUCAGAUUGAUUAUAAACAGCAGUAGUCUUCCUUCCACCUCUUGAAAACCUUAACAUUUUUCAUAUUUUGCUGUUUAAUAAUUGAAUCCUAAAUGCAUUUAAAAUAGAUGAAAAUGUUAUUGAUCAAAUUACAUAUUGCACACUUUUAAUAUACAAUAAAAAUUAUACAGAUAUUAAAUAAUAACGGUAAAAAGUGGAAAGGUUUUGCACCAAUUAAGUCAAUGGGGUUGUGAAAGUCAAUAUAAUAGGUUUUAAAUAAAUUUCUAUGAGCAUUUCAUACUGGGAUGAUGUAAUGUUUGUCCAGUCUCCUUGUCCAAGCAAAUAGCUCCAGGUCUUUCAUGUUUCUUGUUAAUGGUCAUUAGACCUUGCCACAGAUCUUCUACUGGAUUAUAUUGUGGGCCACUGGAAACCACAUUGCUGCUUUUACUCUGUCUUCAUGAUCCUGUUGUUGUUGAACAGUGAAUAAUCUUCCCAGCCCCAUGUCUGUACAAGACUUCAACUCUUCCACAUUUCCAGAGAUUCUUUCAAGCUUCCCCAUAUUUACAGCUGGCAGGAAGACAGCUUCCAAGCUGUAGAGACGGCUGCACUGGUCUAGCUGUUUCACUUUAGACUCAACAGACUGCAACACUAUCUCCCCCAAGCGUAUCCCACUGUAUAUUUUUUUUCUCGUGGAAUCUAUCUAGUGGUUUCCUUCUCGACGCUCUCUCUUUUAGGCCAUGUCUGAGGACUAAUUCUAAUGGGUUUAAACAGUUUGCAUUGUUUUCUAAUUUUUUACACUGGUUUACUUUUAAAGUAAUCUUUGGCCCGUUAAUUUCCUGAAUAGUUUCUGCAAACAACAGCUACUUAUUUUAGAGCGAUGGGAUGGCUUCAGCAAAUUGGUUCUGCUUGUUAAGGAUGAACUUGACGGUGCCUUGAAGAUUAUUCAAAGAUGUUGAAUGGUGUUUUAAUAUACAAUGUUGUGCUUUUAAGUCACCUAAUUUUAUUUAAUUUUAACAUUAAUUGGUCCAUUAUGAUUUCAUCUAUUCCUUCUAUGGACUCCCAGUCUGGAGUUGGCCACUGCUAUGCUUUUCAUCCCCCAUCUUUGGUUUGGAAUAAACAGGUUCACAAAACUAGAUGGUUAUAUUCAAUAAUUUCACAUUGUGCACUGGGCUUAUUACCAAAUGUGCACAUUUAAAAAAUAAAACGGUCCAUCCUAUUAAUCUGUGUGUUGAACCCACUUAAUAGCAGUUUUAGUUGUGCCCAAGCAGCUUUGUAAGUAAAGCAGAAAGCAAAAUUAAACAAUGCAGCAGACGGAUUCAUGGCUCGCUCAUGCACAUAUCCAGACUAGCACCACUUUCAGUUAUCAGUUAUGCGGAGAGGUGGCUCUGAGGCUAGGGAUUUGCAAUGGCAAUUGGAAGGUUGCCGGUUCUAAUCCCGUAAACGCCAAAAGUGACUGUACUUCGUUGAGCCCUUGAGCAAGGCCUUUAACCGGCAAUUGCUCAGUCCUGGGUAUGACGUUAAACUUCAUCCUGCUUAUCAUGUAGGCCCUCCAACCUGCAGGGAAAACCUGGGGGUUGGUGGCAGAAUUGGCAUUCCAGCCACCAUAAAAAACCUCACUUUGGUUCCAUUCCAUCUGAACUAGUGUGGUGCUGAGGUGUCACCCGUUGCAUGGCUGCACUCAAGUCCUAAUCUGGGAUCCUGAGUUGGUUCGUCAUGUGUUGGGUGCAGCAAUGCGCUAACAGCGUGUGCUCCUAACCACUCUCUCCUCUCUAACACACACGCACACACAUCUCUUAGAUGAACUCCACAGAGACAUCAUUGUGGCUCAGGAUUUCAACCCGGGAUGCUGGUUCCGUAAGGUAGAAGGAGGUAACCACAAUGCCAAACAAAUGAGCUCAAAUAUAGACUUCCUGAUUUUUUUUUUUUCUGAAUUACUUUUCAACAUAGCUACUUCACAAUAACUUUUUACAGAAGAAUAAUUUCUUAAUGCAGGAAUUAUGUAACUAGAUCUCAUGUGAAUUCUGUUUAUCUCAUAGCAAGCUAGAGUGUAAUCCAGCGGUUUGAUGUCAGUUUGUAUCACGUAACUCCAUAUCAACAUAAGAUCAGGGAAUAUGCCUUGAACCGUCCAUGUUGCUUGUGGACUAAUGAAGCGUAAUAACCAGUAUUCAUCUUGUAGCAGGUUUCAGCUGCAUCUGCCACAGGCCUACCCAAACAACCUCAGAGCUUUCAUAUUUCCCAUAGCAGCACCUGCUUCAUUUGAUAGUUUUGAUAGAAUUAUUGAUUUGCUGGAUACGGUCUGAACAAAAAGUAAAAUUGUAAAUGAAUAAUAAAUUGUAAAUGAUAACAAAAAAAAAAUCUUAAUACAGAAGUUCUUUACUCUGCAAUUCAGUGAAGGUACUGACAUAUUGGUCACUCCGUGUUAUUUUAGACAAAUGGUGAGUUGAGUAGAUGGCAUCAGUUGCACUUACCUUAGACUACAUUUCCAUAUUUGUUGUAGUAUAACAUUAUAGAGGUGACACCCUCCACACCUGCUGUUCCUGUUUAUGCCAGGGAGACACGUCUCAGACACCCAAAACUGGGGAGUUUUACCUCUGGGUUUUUACACACAGCUCUUCCAAUUCUAUUAUUAGAUCACAUUUUUAACUUAUGUUUGCUGAUACCCUUAUAAAUAACUAUUUACUUUGAAAACAGAGACAAGCUUGUGUUACUUCAUUUCAGUCCUAAAGUAUAUGAUAGACCUGAUAUCUGUCACUAGGAUAUCAAACACAAAGACUAUGCAGUGAUCUUCAUUUUAAUUAGUAUUAUCAUCUCUGUGUUACCUCACUUUUGUGUCAAACUUGAAUACAUGUUCAAGCAAUGACAAUGACUAUUGAUUUGUAUUAAAUGCCUAUAAUUCAAAACUUUGUAUUUAAUAAAAAAUUUCUUUAUCUCC